CGAGGCCUCUCUCUCUCUCUCUCUCUCUCCCUUCUUUCUCUCUCUAGAGGCGAAGAUGUCGAAGUCGUGUAAGGGGCUCGCCAUGGAGCUCGUGAAGUGCCUCAGCGAGACCGAUUGCGUUAAGGUUGAGAAGAGAUCGUAUAGGGAAUGUGCAGGAGAGAAGGUACCUACCAUUUCUAGUGAGUGUGUCGGCCUGAGGGAAACAUAUUUUAACUGCAAGAGAGGCCAGGUCGAUAUGCGAGCCCGAAUACGAGGAAAUAAGGGGUACUGAAAUGGAUCUCGACUUAGAGAACACUAUAUGUGACAUAUGUUGGUAGCUGGUAAACCUUUUCUUUGGAUCUUUGUACUCUGUUGAAGAAAUUUUGGCCACAGUUGUGAUUGUUGAAUUAAAUAGCUGUUUCUGUGACUACGAUUUGGUCCUUUUUUCCUUUUCUUUUGUAACUCUUCUUUUGGGAUAAAGGGCCACACAGCUGGAUAUUCAAUGCAGUUUUUCUUUGUAAAAAUGUGUAUUUUCAAUAUUUGAUUAGAA